AUGAUUGAGAUAUCGCAUGUGUAUUUUUCAAAUAUAUUUUCGGGUUUUUCGGAGUCUAUCGGCUAUCGCAUAGUGGCAAUCAAUUUUUUAUUACUGCCCCAUAAAUUCAAGUUUCAACUAGAGUAUAGAAUGGAGAAGGAAAAGUUAGGGACUAACUAGUUGUCUCGUGAAAACGGGUCAUCAAUCAUCGUCUUAUGUCGAUUUCCCCAAGAAAAACCUCGAGUUUCUUUUAUUUUUAUUUUUUAUCUUCAGAUUCCCUUCGUUGAUCGAUAGCGAAACAGUCACUUGGGAAAAAUGGAUUGACAGUCUAAAUGGGAUAAAAGAAGGAAAAAAGACAAGGGUACGAUGCUUAAUGAGAUAUUUUAUCUUAAUAAUAAUAAUAAUAAUACAAAGGUAUGUAUAUAUAUAUAUAUCAUUCAAAUGGAAAAAACAAAUAUUUAAUAAAACGAGUUAAUUUAUUUAGUUUAUUCAUGCAUGACCAAGUCAAUAACUAUGUACAACUUAAAUGAAAUUCACUACGGUUUGUACUUGAGAAAUUCUGACAUACUAUAUAAGUACUAUAUAGUGCAUUUAAAUUAACGUUAGAACAGAAUAGGACAUAUUAAUUAAAACACAGUACACAAAAGAAUAUCAUAAGUGAAUUAAGACGGUGGAACACAUACAUCCACGUUAAGGAGUUGAGUGUAAAGAAUUUUAAUGAAAAUUUAUCAUCUCGAGAAUAUUAAUAUUCUCUUUUACGUAAUUAAUAAAUUGAAAAACGGUCAUGUGUCAUUAUCACAAAUACCUAUAUUUUAUUCUGCACUCGUAAAAUGUAAUUUAUAAAUCAAUAUUUAACAAAAUAUAUGAAUACUUACUAUUAGAAAAGUAACGUGACCUCGAAAAUUUCAUCUCAUUCAUACAAAUAACAAAUUACAUUUAUUCAUCUUAUGGUAUUUUAGCGAAAAUUAUUAUCGGAUCUAAUCCAUCUAAUGUCAUCUAAUCCGUUCGUGAUAUCUAUUCCAUCUUAACAAACCAAUAUAAAUUUCACAAGACGAUCAAAACGAUAUCUAUAUUUCGACGGUAAACCAUAGAGUACUCUGUAUUGAUUUGAAUUAGACACAUCUCGAAAUCAUUAUCAAAUGUAAGAUUUUUCAAUGAUGUUUACAUCAUUUUAAGAACAUCACAUAGAGUUUAGAAAUUUCACUUGAUCACAUUCAUUAUUUUAUUCGUUUGUCUCACUUUUUCAGAACACAUAAAUAUCUCAAUAAAAAUAUUUCAGUAAUCUAACUCAUUUAACUGAUCAAAUAAUUAAAAAUGGUUUAUUUUUUAUCACAUCGUUCAGUUUUAACAUUAUCACUUUUCCAGAACAACUUGCUCCAGUUCUACUAAUACAUUACAAGUAUAUAAUUUUGUAAAACAUUAUUAAUGUUGUGAAAAUCGUUUAUGUCAAAGUUACUAUCUAUAAAAUCAAAAUCCACUCAUUACUUAACCUAUGGAUGUGAAACAUGGUCGGUUACAUAGUGUGAUGAAGACAAAUUGUUGACAUCUGAAAGAAAAAUACUACUAUGGUCAUAAAUACGUUUAUUAUAGAAAAUAGAGAAUACAGAAAAAGGACUAAUAGAGAAAUUUACCAAAUGUACCUAAAGCCCAAUAUAAAUUCAUUUAUAAAAGGCAAACCUUUUGGAAUGGGCGGGACAUGCAUGGACACCCAAUGGUAUGGUAAAAAAUAUAAUGACAAGCACGAUCCAGGGGAAAAGACCUAGAGGACGACCUAGGCAGAGGUGGGUAGACGCAGUUAAAUCAGACCUCGAAAAACGUGCAUUAGGAUCAACAUAA